AUGGAAAACGAUGUUAUUAACUCGUUUAGAUCUUUUACCCUAGAUUCCGGGCUUGAGGUAAAGGAAUCUGAAAAUUUUCCCCGAAUAACUUUAUUUAAAAAUAAAGGUCGUGCAAUAGACCAAGAAAGGAGAUGGCGUGAAAGAUUAGCUGAAGUCCGAAGUCGUAAUAACCGCGAAUCAAAAUUUAUGCAAAAUAGACAUAAGCCACCAGAUGAGGACAUUUCUAUUAAUCCCUGGUACAGCGCUUCUGAUGAUACGAAAUACUCAUGGAAGUUUCAGGGUAGUGGAAUGAUGUUAGCUGAAUGGUUUCUCUUCAAACCAGCUCACUUUGAGUCAGAUUACUUUUUUAAAUUCUAUCCCAUUGGUCGUCACGUUAUAUUCGCAGCUUCAAAUGGCAUCAGUCGCCUUUAUUCACGCUCUGGAUCCCUUCUUCUUCAAGGUUAUUCACAUAUGCCUGGCGGAUCUCCCAGUUGUGAAGGUAGCAGGAAGCGAUAUCAGAAAUGCGUUCUUGACUGUGUGCUUCUUAGCAAUUUGCCCUCCAUUUCGCAGUCUCCCCGACAAAUGAUUACAACGAAAACAAUCGAAGCUGAUAAAAACCGAGAAUUUUCUCUGAUCACUCUUCAUGUUCUUGAUAUUAUUGAAUUUCGCAGUUCUUCAUUCAAGGAUGAACCGUUCAGCAUUCGUCGGGACUGGUUGGAAAAAUAUUUUCGUGAAGAAAUAGAAAGAUUACCCGGUGAAAAUGAUCCAGAGAGUAUGUCUGCUAUUAGUAAAGCUAUGUUUUUUGGAAGUUUAUAA